AUGUUUAAGCUGUCGGAAUUAGUCAAGUGGCUGGGACUGACAGAAUUUGAGAUAUUCACAAACCUUGUAGCAGUCCUUGUCUUCACAAUCCUCCUCUCACUUCGGGUUUCCAGCUAUUUCAGUGCUGAAUAUCUCGAUUGGUUUAUCAUCUUCUCGCCACUGUUCUGCGGAGAUGCCUGCAAUGCCUACUUCUGCCUGAUUGUCUGCAUUCGGAUGUACCUCAACAACGAUCAGAUCAAGCGUCGGGCAUUCCACAGACUUCUCUGGAGCGCCAAUUACAUCGUCCUCACGGCUGUCUUCAAAUAUCUCCUCUGUCUCAAAAUUUCCGGACAAAUCGGCCUGGAAUUCAGUGAAGUCUUCUCUCCCAUCUUCAUUCUCCUCCAGCUGAUUGCCGUGCGAGCGUGCCAACUUCCCAAUUCGAGCUAAACACAAAAUAGAAAAACUACCCUGCAAAUCCGUCUUGAGAAAAUGUUCUGUAUUUCAGUUAUCGCAAAAAUUUGUAACAAGAAUCGAAGGUUUUCUCAAAUAAAAAAUAGAAGAAAUAGGAAGAAUUCA